GUUAAAUUAAAAAAGCAACAUACGUGAUUUGAGUUUUAGAUACCUGUAAUCAAUAAAAAUAAAACAAACCCUUGUCCAUUUAGGCUAUUCCGUGACUAUAUAUUUAAAAAACCAUUUCCUCCUUUUUUUUUCUUCUAGAUAUUCCGUCUUAUAAAUAUUUUAAUGUCCAUCUUCAUUUCUUUUCUUGUAGUGUUUUCACCUGCCUUCUUCUCCCUUCCUUCAUCAUUUCUCUCAACAUAAGAAACUACUCUUCAAAUCUCUAUCAUAUCAUGGGUCAUAACAGCUCACAAGCAUCUUACAUACAUUUGGUUCAUCAUUUGAUAGAAGAAUGUAUAGUAUUCAACAUGGGCAAAGAAGAGUGUAUGGAUGCUCUGUUCAAGCAUGCUAAUAUCAAGCCUAUCAUCACUUCCACAGUGUGGAAGGAGCUAGAGAAAGAGAACAAAGAGUUCUUCGAGGCAUACGAGAGAAGAAGAGAAGAAAUACCGACCGAGAAAGAGACAGCUCGAAUAAUCCAAGAUUUGCUCUCACGAACGACAAUCUAAGAUCACGACACCUUCUUUUACUUAUACAUACAUAUAUGCAUGUGUUUUUAUAUAUGUAUGUAUGAAUGAACCGAUUCUAUAUGCUUUAAAAUAUGUUUUAUUUUCAGAAGGGAAUGAAUAAACUUUCACCAA